AUGCAGGAAACAGAAGAACAUUUUGUCUUGGAUAAACUCUUUGUGAUCCUUUUUGAUCUGCCCCUGCAGGUGAUGUUUGUUACUGCUGUCCUGAAUGGUCUGAGCGGGGGGUUUACUGCUUUCUGGCCUGGGGUCAUGGCAGUGGCCUCAGACACCUCCUCACAGGAGAAGAGAUCCAUCAGACUUAGCAGAGUUGAGCUGGCCUAUGGAGUCGCAGGGAUGGUUGGCAGUAUCGCAUCCGGUCACCUCUUUAUUUAUUUCAAAAUCUCGCAUGACCAGGAUGCUGGGCUGAUGGCCUUCAGUUGUGUUUUUUAUGCUCUAAGCUUAGUUUAUAGCAUCUUUGGGCUAAAGCCGACACAGACUGGAUAUAGUGGCUACGGUAGCCUGUUAGAUCAAGGAGAGCAGGAGAAUGAUUAUCGAGUUCCUGAUCCACAAAUUACAGCUUGGAAUCAAUGUCAAGACGAAAGCUCAAUGUUAUUGCCUAAUCAGAACAAUGCAAGGAUUCAGGGUAUUCUCGGAGGUAACGUGCCCGUGGAUAAGAUCACACUCUCACUGCUGUUCACAGCUGGAGUUUUGUAUGGUUUGGGUGUGACUGGUGGAGUGGAUGUGUUGCCCAUAUUUGUACUAAAGGACCCGCUGAAUUGGAAUGCUGUCUGGGUCGGUUAUGGCAAUGCAAUGGGGUAUGCUAUCUUCCUCACCAGCUUCCUGGGAGUUUGCGCUUCUUCCAAAUAUUUGAGCGAUACGUCUUUGAUUGUGAUGGGAAUGGCGUCAUUUUCCACUGGGAUGUUGAUCAUGGCCUUCACAAAGUGGACAUUCCUUUACUUUGUUGGUGAGUUAUUUCAUUGA